AUGGACACCGAGGUUCAUGACGUCGUUACAGUGAGGAGUGGAUCGAAGGCCAGAAGGCCACACAAGAAAGCAAAGACUGGCUGUCUUGACUGCAGAAGACGGCGCGUCAAGUGCACUGAAGAGCGGCCUGAAUGCCGUGCUUGUCAUCGUCGUGGAGUUGAAUGCGAAUACCCUUCGUUCCAAGGAGUAGUAUUCCCAUCACCGUCUACACAGCAUGGCGACGAAACAUCUCCCGAGUCAACUUCGUCACAGCCGCCGAAGCAGAUCCAGACCCAGACGAUUGCACCUGUUCCGGGUCUGGUCUCAAAUGCAUAUCAGUCAGUUCUUGGGGUACAUCAACACGACAGACCAACCGUGAUCUUCGGGAUCGAGGAUAUGGCUCUACUCCACCAUUGGACAGUCUCGACCAGUCUCGACGUUUACAAGAACUCUGCCAUGUCGGCUAUCUGUCAGGUCUCGUUCCCCAAGAUCGCAUUCAAAUACCCAUUCGUGAUGCAAGCUCUCCUAGGUCUGACUGCUCUACACAUCGCAUAUCUCGAGCCACAAGAGAGGUUGCGAUAUACAGGAGAAGCAGCGCGAUACCAUAGCCUAGGCCUCCAGGGCUUCAACGAAGCCAUUCCACACUCGAAUGAGGAGACUGCUGAGGGGUUGUUUGUCUGGUCAUCGCUCAACCUUUUCUACGUAUUUGCGGCAUCAGGUCGAUUAGGAGAGGGGUUCUGGGACGAGUCUAGCUGGGGCGGUCGUAAAGAUCGCAUCUUGGGGGCGGGAUGGAUCCCCAUGCUUCGAGGUAUCCAGGUAGUCAUGAUGCCUUAUUUCGAUGUCCUAUCUGCGGGUCAGUUGAGAGAGGCCAUGAAUAUUGGCAAUUGGGACGAUGUCGAUCCCGACUCGGUAGAAGACAUCAAUGACAAGCGCUUCUGUCGCUUGAGGGAAACCUGGGAGCAUAAUCCAGAUGCGUCAACUUACGAAGAUAUUCUGCACAUUCUUAGGAGGAUCAGGAUGUUCAUGGCACAGUUUUCAAACAUCGAUACUGAGCCUCCUGGGAGUUCGGUAACCAAUAGGGCCUGGCAGGGGGCUUUCUUGUUUGUACCUUUUGCAUCAGACCGGUACUUUUCUCUGUUGCAUCAGAGACAACCGCCAGCACUCGUCUUAUAUGCUUUCUACGGUGCCUUGCUGCACUCCCUGAACGAUUCUUGGUUUAUGGAAGGUUGGGGAUAUGAUAUUGUAGGGGUAGUGAAUGACUUGCUUGGCUCUUACUGGGAACAUUGGAUAUCAUGGCCACUGGCGGUAGUUGGUUUAAGAACAGGAGAUAUGGAAGGAUCGCCAAUGUCGAUUUUAACCAAGUAA